GGGGUUGGUGGUGUUGCAUCCUGUGGUCUAGCAUCACUGUGUGUGACUGACGCUGUUGAUUCAUCAUCAAACAACCUCAUGAGCCACUGGAAUAUAUAAGCUCAUGCACACCUGCUCCACAUUAACGACUUCAGACCUCCACCAACUAACCUCAGUGUGUUACCAAAGUUCAAGUCCGCGCAGUGCCUUGACCGUCCAUACCAUGCUGCCUGGGAGAGAGGCUGUGCGGCAGUGCGUCCUGACGAGCCGCUGGCUGCCUGCGGCUCUGGCGCUCUUCCUCUUCCUCUCCUCCACCGUCAGCUACGCUCACAGCACCACUGUGGAGCACGACUUCCACGUCGUCCACAAUGUUGACAACAGAAGUCCAGAGAUAGACCCGUUCUGGUACGUGGGGCGCGGGGUGAGACCCAUCGGGCGCUUCGGGAAGAGGCGGGCGGCGCUUGGCAGCGGGGGGUUGCAGCCCGUCCUCACCACUCUGGAGCUGCUGCUCAGCAGCCUCAGAAACAAGGAGAACCUCGGGAAACAGCUGGAUGGGGAGGACAGAGAUUGGUUACCAUGACGGCAUGCCCUCCUCCCCCCAUGCACCAAACUCUUGAGUCUGUGGAAGAAGUGUCUUUAUUUUUUUAGAUUUUCUUUUGCUCUGACUCUUAAUUGCAUUCUGUAUCUCUCUCUGGUGUCUGUUAUGAAGCCUUUGUUGACGGGAUCCCUGACUGAAAUUGCUGAGCAAAUGUACAGUUACCUCUAAUCUGUAUAAAAUGCAUUCUAUAUUGAUUAAUAAAUACAGAUGUUGUGAUUACA